UUAUUGCUUUUUGAGUCAAAAACAACAUUGGAUAUAGUUCAGAUUAGAGAUUAGAGAGCUAAAGAGUUAACGCAGGUCUUUGUGUUCCAGUGUCAAAAGUAGGUCAUUCAUUAGCCUGGGCUAGGCUAGUAUUAGCUUGAGCCGAGAGAGUGCUCAAGAGCAGACGAUACGGUUGUUGUGCUUCAUGCAGUAAGCCUUUUACUAUCGUCUGAAUUAUAUUACAUGGUGUCAGAGGUCGGAGAAAACAGAGAUGGUUCGAAGGGCUAGGCAUGAAGAGAGCAUGGAGCUGAGCAGUAUAGGCGAAAGUGUUUAUGCUGCCGAGGCUGUGCUGAAGAAAAGAACAGUUAACGAUCAGGAGGAAUACUUAAUCAAAUGGAAAGGAUGGUCGGUCAAGUACAGCACAUGGGAACCGAAGGAAAAUAUAUUGGAUGAACGACUGUUCAAGGCCUUCGAGCGGCAGCAAGAACUUGAGGCAGAGCAGCCUAAGAAAAGAAGACGGCGGAGAAAGAAAAUAGUUCAGGCGACUCAGUCUAUUGCACCGUUGGAUGAAAUUUUACAGGAAGUCGAAUCGAUCGAAGCACGCUGUCACAGUACCCAUCCACCUAAGGCACAAGAUCGAAUAUUAGCAGGAGAAGAACACACAAUUCACGAUGCAUCGAACGGUGACGUCAUAUAUCAGAGUGAGUCAAGAGUAAACACAAUAACAAAUCCUCCGACGGAAGAGAUUCAAAUGUGCUACGAACUUGCUUCUGUUGUUGACGACAACGAGGUCAAGAAGAAAAAGGGGAAACUUUCCAUCGUUGAGACAAAACCUAAAGCAAAACGAGGCCGCCCUAAGCUGCUUAUUAAAUUUGUCAAUAAGAAGAUCAAAGAAGGCAAACGGAAGAAAGAUGAGAACCCGCUACAUUUUAAAGAACGAAAGAGAAAAAAACUUCAUUGGAAACAGCGAGCUAAGUUGGAAGCUCAACUCCAGGCGUCUUUAUUGGCAGCUGCAGAAGCCGCAAAAGCAGAACAUGUAGUUGACCAACCGAAAGAGGAAGUCACAACAUCAAACGGGAACUCGAAAUCGUUGAUUCCAGUUCAGCCAGUUACCGUCGUACCUGAAAUAAUCCCGAUCCCAGUGAGGAGAAAGCGAGGGCGCCCGAGAAAACACCCACUGAAAAUACCACCGCCAGCCCCGAUAAUAACUCCAACGCAACCCGUAAUUGAACAGCCCAACCCAGUUAGCAACAACCAUAAACAAAGGCGCUUCCCAGACUACAAACUUCUGGCAGAGAAACAGGCUCUUCACAAUAAACGGGACCGAAUGAGCAUAUGGCGGCCAUCAAAUACUCUUCUUAAUAGUGUGCUCGUGACCGAUGUAUCAGUAGGAGGAAUAAUGGUCACUAUUAAAGAAAACUUAAGAUAGACUUUCAUCAGCCAGUGAAAUAUCUGAAUCUAGUACCAUCCACGUAGUGCAUGUCAAAUCUUUUGAAAAAAAAUUAACAGUAAUACCGAAAAGUUUACAGUAAGAUUUUAACAGUAAUACAAAAUUCAAACCGACGACAGAAGCAUGAUGUCAAAGGCAGAUUGUUAAAACGGUUUGAUUUGUGUCUUGCCACGCGUGUUCAGUACAAAUUAGUUACGAGUUCUUUUUAUACUGUUUGUUCAAAGCAUUUUGCUACAAUUUUAUUAACUCCCCUUCGAGUGACCACGAGGUAGAUAGCUUAUUCUGUUCUGUACUAGACCUACCGUAUAUAAUGGGGUUUAUCCUACCGCUAGAUCUAUACGCUGUAAAUGCAAAGGAGUGAAGAUAGCGUGACUACAGGGUUCACACCAAUAAAGUGAAUUAGAAAGAGUAAAAAUGUGAAAUUACCAUUGUAUCUACACAGAAUUCUACUAAAUGUGUAACCAUGGAGGUAUAAUGGUGCAACUAAUUUAUGAAUAAAAAGAGUGACCGGAAAGUAGUAAAAUUUGAGUGAGCCCUCUAGGCACUCUACUAGGUUGCAAAUCAUGCUUUUGCAUUUAGAGGAUUGCUUACUAUUUCUACCUUUACAUAGGCCUACCUUGGUUGAAAACUAAAUAUUAGAAAAAAAGAAGUUUAAAUAUUAUAAUGUUGCAUGGUGCUAUUUGGUAUGAUAAUGUGACGCCUGUAUUUAUAGCAAAAACUAUACCCUGUUAAAUUACUCACCUUGAAUAAGGGCUUAAUACAUCUAAAGUCUGCUAAACGCACGGUGCGUGGCGCGACCGAUAA